AUGGCAGUGCAUAUUAAUGGUAAUUCAGAUAGGAAUUCAUUAUGCAUAAAUGAUAAUAAAGAUAUUGAAACUAUGGAAGUUAUUGAAGUUGAAUCAGCACAAGAAUGUACCAAAUCUUAUGCAGAAGAAAAUAAUUCUAUAUAUUCUUCAAAGCCAAAUGACAAUAUACACAGGGUACAGAGUAUACAUACAAUUACAUUAAGUACAACAGACACUGAUAAUACACUGCCACGUGAUACAAGUAACGAUGCACUUUCGGACGCACGUUUGACAAAUAAUAUUACUCAAAUUGCUCAUAUAAAUCCGGAACUGUGUGGUUUACCCUUAAACAUAUUUACAAAGGGUUAUCUAUGUUUGCCAUACCUGUCUUUACCAUAUUUAGAUCUUUUGGCAGAUAUUAAUGUCAGAGGAUAUAUAGUGGGUGCAACAAAUGUUUUAUUUAAACAAAAAAAACAACUUAUUGAUGUAUUAGUAGAGGUUGAAAAUACGAGGAUAGAAACAAGCGAUCCAGAAUUAAGAAGGCAAUUACAUCUUACAACUGAGGAUCUGAGAUUUGCGGAUUACAUAGUCAGACAUGUAGCAGAGCCACGCAAAGAUAUAUUUUUGGAUGGUGUAGGAUGGGAAGGUGGAGACGAAUGGAUUAGAACUCAAUUUCGAGUUUACUUAUUGAGCAUGUUGAGAACAUCUAUGCAGCAAGAUACUCGUCAAUCUGAUCAUUACAAUUCUGCAUUUAUAGCUGCUUGGCGCUCGACGAAUAAUUAUAAGAUAUGGAGUAAUUCUAAUAAGUCAGAAAUUAAUAAUAUAGAACCAGGUCAUCCAUUUGCAGGACAAUUAUCAGUGCAAGAUAUGAAAUUACGAUUAUCACAUACAAUGCAAAAUACAGAAAGUGGUAGAAAAUUAAAUCAAGCAAUGGCAUCAACUGGAAGAGCGGUUGCAACAACUGGGAAAGCAGUAGGUGGUGCACUGUCACAAGCUAAAGGAGCUUUCUCUAACUGGUGGAGUACAUUAACGACAGUUCAACCAGUAGAGGAAGGAAAGGCUGCUGACAAUCAAACCUCAACCAUACAUCAAACACUUUCAAAUAUAACUAAUAAAACUGCUGUUGAAAGCGAAGAAAUUAAUGUAUCUACUAGUAAUACAAAUUUCGGGAUGGUUGCGGAUUAA